AUGACCCUCUCCUGCUGCCCACCUUGCUGUCAGCCUGGCUGCUGCAAGACCACCUACUGCUGGACCUCAUGCUGCCCACCCUGCUGCUGUGAAUCCAGCUGCCCAGGGUCCACCUGCUGCCAGCCCUGCGGACAGCCCUGCCACAUAAAGAUCUGCUGUCAACCAACUUGCUAUGAAGUCAGCUGCUGCAAGACUACCUCUUGCAAAUCAAAUUGUGUGACCAUUGGCUGCAGCACACCCUGCUGCCAGCCCUGCUGCUGUGUGCCCACCUGCUGCCAGCCAUGCUUCUUCCAACUCUGCUGCCAACCAACUCGCUGUGACACCAGCAGCUGCAAGACCACCUCUCUCAAGCCAACCUGUGUGACCAUCAGCUGCAGCAAUCCCUGCUGCCAGUCCUGCUGCUGCUGA